ACUUUAAAAAGUCUCUACAUUUCGGGACAGACAUUAUUAAGGUUUCGGAUUAAAGAAACGUGUCCAAAAGUUCUUCCGCUGAGACGAUCCGUGUAAUCGGGACGAAGAGGAGGAUUCACCGCGGAUCCGCAGCAGAACACGAAAGAUCAAAAUGCCAGGAGAGCGGUUGUCCGUAAGAAGCACUCGGGAGGUUGGGCGUUUCCCCGGAGCAGCCCCACCCGUCAGGGUGGAGCUCACCAUUCAGAAACAGGAGGAGAAGAAACAGGAGGGCGGCUGUCGCCAGUGGUUCAGGAAGACGUGUUUGUGUUGCUGUAAGCGCCAGAACAGCAACACCUAUGAUCUUACAGAUAAGGUGGAAUUUGUCAAACCACCGGCCCCGGAGCCCACGAAGCCGAAGCCUGAAAAUGGAGAUGCAAAGGAAAUGGGAGGAAAAAAACUUUUGGUGAGUUCGGUGGACCUGUUGAGCUCAAAGACGGGCCUGAACAGACAGGAGCACCACACCGACUUGUAUCAGGGGGACGAGCUGAUCAUCCGCAGAGGACAGACAUUCCAGAUAGAGAUGGAGCUCGACAGGCCCUUCAACGCUGAAGAUGACAAUUUGCAUCUGGAGCUCAAAACAGGUCCCCUGCCCUUGGUGUCCAAAGGCACCCAUGUCAUCAUCCGGCUGGUGGAUCACCUGGAGGACGAGCGAUGGGAGGCCAAGAUUGUAGAGCAGAGCGGCAACAAGAUCAAGCUGUCCGUCAACUCGCCGGCCACCGCCGUGAUCGGCCUGUACGGGCUCACGGUGACAACCAGCACGUCGAAGGACGAGGCGGCGACUAUCCACGACCCCAACAAGAACAUCACUUUGCUCUUCAACCCUUGGUGUGAGGAGGAUGCAGUGUUCUUGGAUAAUGAGGAGGAGUUAAAGGAGUAUGUGCUGAAUGACACCGGGAGGAUUUACUACGGCACAGAGAAACAAAUAGGCGCCCGCACAUGGAACUUUGGCCAGUUUAAUGAGGGAAUCCUGGAAGCAUGUCUGUUUAUCCUGGAGAAGAGUGACAUGCCGCCGUCUGGCCGAGGGGAUCCGGUCAAUGUGGUUAGAGUCAUCUCUGCGAUGAUAAACGCUCAGGACGACUUUGGGGUUCUGGUGGGGAACUGGUCUGGGAAUUACUCUGAUGGGGUCCCUCCUUCGGCGUGGAGCAGCAGCGUGGAAAUCCUGAGGAAGUACCACUCAUCCAAUGGAACCCCUGUGUCAUAUGGACAGUGCUGGGUCUUCUCUGGGAUCACCACAACGGUGCUGCGGUGUCUGGGCAUACCCUCCCGCAGUGUGACCAACUUCCAGUCCGCUCAUGAUACUGACGUAUCCCUCACCACAGAUGUGUAUUUUGACGAGAAUAUGGAGCCGAUCCACUACCUCAACAGUGACUCUGUCUGGAACUUCCACGUGUGGAAUGACUGCUGGAUGGCGAGAGCAGACCUGCCCCCUGGUUUUGGAGGAUGGCAGGCAGUCGACUCUACUCCCCAGGAAACCAGCCAGGGCACCUUCUGCUGCGGCCCUGCCUCCCUCAACGCCAUCCGCUCUGGCCAGGUCUACCUCAAAAACGACACGCCAUUUGUGUUUGCUGAGGUCAACAGCGAUAAGAUCUUCUGGCAGAGGAACCUGGACGGCACUUUCAGCCAGAUCCACAGUGAGAAGAAAGCUGUGGGCCACUGCAUCAGCACUAAAGCCGUGGGCUCCGAGAAGCGGGCCGACAUCACACACCUGUACAAACACAAAGAAGAUUCGGAAGAGGAACGCAUCGCCGUGGAGACUGCCAGUCGCUAUGGCAGCAAGCCUGAGGUCUACGGCGCGGCAAAAGCGGAGGAUGUGAGCGUCGAGGUGAGGAUGGAAGGCGAGGGGCCCACGAUGGGCGCCGACGCCCACCUGAGCAUCGUGGUGAAGAACCUGAGUUCGCAGCCUCGUCGGACCACUCUGCACAGCCAGGUGGCUGUCAUGUACUACACCGGUGUGCUGAAGGACACUAUCAGGAAGGAGCAGACACCUGUGGACCUCUUGCCCAAUGAAGAGAAGACCAUUGAGUGGAUGCUGCCCUACCAACAGUACCAAAACCAGCUGGUGGAUCAGGCGGCUCUGAUGCUGACCCUGUCUGGGAGAGUCAAUGAGACCCAGCAAGUAUUAGCCCACCAGACCACCUUCCGCCUCCGUACGCCCGACCUCAACGUCACGCCUUUGGGAGAUGCUUUUGUUGGCAAGGAGAUGGCAGCCAAGAUCACUUUUACCAACCCUCUGCCACGUACUCUGAUGGGAGUGAUUUUCAGAGUGGAGGGCCUGGGUCUGCAGGAGGGCCACGAAGUGCCUGUCGGCGAUGUGGGCGGCCACUCGACAGUGACACUGACUGAGCACUUCACCCCCACCUUGUCUGGACCCAGGAAGCUGGUGGCGUCCCUCGACUGCAAGCAGCUCACACAGGUGCACGGGGUGGCCGACAUCGUUGUUCUUGAGCAAUGAGAAGCACGAUCACUUCCUGUCCUCUCGUUUGUUCCACGAUAUGAACAGAGCCUCUAAUUACAUGAAAAGUGUGCCAAGUUCUUGUAUAUUAAACAAUGUUUUUGGUUUGUACUACAGAACUUAGCAACUGUUUUAUUACCAGUACUUUUUUAACCUGAAUAUAACUCCACUCUGCCUUGCUCUAAACUGUGGUGAAGUCUGCUGCGAGGUUUAAAACCAUGUGUAUCGAAGUCAGAAAAGCUGAUUUAAAGACUAAAGAAUGUGAAGGUGCAGAGACAGGUCAUGAUGAUGUAAAUACCGUAGGUCAUAUGAAGAAACAUGUCUCCAGACAGUACAUGAAGGUCGGGUACUGGGGGACGUUUUCAAAGGGUGUUGGACUUUACAUUGACAUUCUUCGUAGGAGACAGCUUUACAAUUUCCUUCUUUUUUUACCCCACCCCAUUCGACUGAUUAAAUGAUUAAUGAUAAUUGUUUUUUUUCCGUACCAAUUAACGAUGCUGGCUUUCCAAACAUUUCUAUCUAGAAGGACAAAGCUAAAAGGGGUGUUUUAAUCACCAGAUGAAUUGGAGAAGUUUUACCGCCUCCUUUAUUUGGACAAGUCAGCACAAAAUUCCACCAGAUGUGUGUUUCUCCAUCAUAAGGUAUAUACAAUAACACUGGAGUCAGCUUUGAAGUAUAUCGCAACUGCACCUGCAAAAAUGGCUGUGAAUUCCAGCAAACCAUAUCAGACCACAGUGGCCUUAAUUCAACCGAGCUUUACUUGGUCGCCCGGCUGUUAACUCAAAGUAUAAUGUGAAGAAAUGUAUUUUAAUAACAUUUCACUAUUUAUCUACCAUAUCUACCUGUGAAUUUAUGUUUUUUUCUGUACUGUGUGUGUUGUUAUGGUAAUAAACAUAACACUGAAACGACAGCCUGACUCAUUUAUCAUUGGACAUGUCUUUAUUGGGAAGAAGGUUACAUUUUGCUGUAAUGUUAAGAUCAAAGGAGGAAGCCAGUAACUACCUGUGUUUGUCUAUUCAAGCAAACCCUUUUUCCUACAAGGAAACGGGAAAAAGUGUUGCAUGAGGCGUGAUUGGCUUUAUAGUGAUUCAUUUCAACAGUGUAACUUGAGGCAGGUGAGCUGACACAUCCUUCAAUGUCUGGCACAUUCACAGUCAAUUGAACACAUGUGAUUUUUUUACAGUUGGUUUUUGUCCUACACUUACUUUCCCUCGCUGACUGUCCUCU